AUGGUGCUGGAGGGGGACCGGGCGCUGCUCGCCGCCAGGCAGGGCGACGUGCAGGCUCUCAAAGCGCAGCUCGCGGCCAAAGCGCUGAGCGGCGACGUGAAGGAUGUGCUGGGGGCUUCACCGGUCCACCACGCAGCCCGGGCCGGGAAACUCGCCUGCCUGCGGUACCUGGUGGAGGAGGCAGGGCUGCCGGGAAACUGCCUGGCCAGCAACGGGGCGAGCCCGGCGCAUGACGCAGCAGCCACGGGCAACCUGGUCUGCUUGCAGUGGCUGCUGACCCAGGGUGGAUGUCGGCCAGAGGACAAGGACAGCUCCGGGGCCACUGUUCUCCAUCUUGCAUCUCGCUUCAGUCACAACGAGAUCACUGAUUGGCUGCUGAAGAGUUGUGAGGUGGACCCCGGGGCCUCCACCGACACGGGCGCCAUACCUGUUCACUAUGCUGCUGCCAAGGGAGACAUGACGUCUCUGCGACUGUUACUGGGGCACAGCCCAAAUGUUGUCAACUCCAAAACUAAGAAUGGUGCCACACCGCUCUACCUGGCCUGCCAGGAGGGUCAUCUAGAGGUCGUCCAAUACCUGGUGAAGGAUUGCGGAGCCGAUCCAAGCAUCAGAGCCAAUGAUGGGAUGACAUCACUGCACGCUGCUGCCCAAAUGGGCCACAACACGGUCAUCGUCUGGCUGAUGAGUUUCACAGAGAUUAGCCUGACAGACAAGGAUAGCGACGGGGCCACGGCCAUGCACUUCGCAGCCAGUCGGGGUCAUGCGAAGGUGCUCAGCUGGCUGCUGCUGCACGGAGGAGAUAUAGUCACCGACAGCUGGGGAGGGACCCCGCUUCAUGAUUCGGCAGAGAACGGUGAACUGGAGUGCUGUCAGAUCCUCGUGGUGAACGGUGUGGACCUGGGCAUCAGGGACCAGGACGGCUUCACAGCCGCAGACCUGGCCGAGUACAACGGCCACCCCCAGUGUGCCAAGUACCUGCGCACUGUGGAGAACAUGAGUGUCGAGCACCGUGUUUUGUCCCGGGACCCCUCGACCGACCUCGAGUACAAGCAGCCGGACUCGGGCCUCUCGUCCCCGAACACGACCAUGCCCCCUGCCAGCCAGGUGGCACACUUUGACAUCAGUUCCCCAUCCAGCUCCCUGUCCAACUACGACUCAGCCAGCUCCAGCCAGUCCAGCACCGGGGGCCAACAUGGACUGUGUCUUUUCACAGGUGCAUCAGAGUCGGCCAUUUCUGACAUGCAGGCAUACAUGGACAUGCUAAACCCAGACAUUGGCUCUGACGUGCUCAAAAAGGCUGAAAUACCGGCCAAUCCCACCACGAAGGCCCCGCCACCGCCGACCUACCCACCCCCACCUCCCCCACUGUCUCCUCCGCCGCCCCCGCCGCCUCCGGGCUACCCAGCACCCCAGCCCCCUAAGGAGCCGUCGUCCGCAGAGUUCCUGAAGGUCAAGAGCAACCUGCGGCAUGUGGAGGGUAAUGCCAGCAAGAAGGAGCUCACCACUGGAGAAAACCACGAGAAGCUGCGGCGCGUGGAUUCAAACAGGAAAUCACGGAGCUUCAGCAAGCAGCCCAGUACUGGGGACUACUAUAAGACCCUGGGCAGCGACACGACAGAGUCCCACGAGAGCAAAAGCAUGGCGCCGAAUGAAGAGGGCUCUGUGUUACUGGAGGAGCCAAACGACAGCCCCGCCCACAGCUCUGAGAAUGGCACCACGGAGGAGUCGGCCCCGCCCCCACCUCCACCACCUCCACCGCCUCUUCCCCCAAACAACCCUACGCCAACCCCCCCUCCACCUCCUCCACUGCCCCCAGAGAUGCCAACCAGCCAGAGUAACGCCGGUUCCAGCUCCACCAACCAGCGACGCCCAUCUUCAUCAUCAGGAAGUACCAAAUCUUUCAACAUGAUGUCCCCCACUGGCGACAACUCGGAGCUGCUGGCAGAGAUCAAGGCAGGAAGGAGCCUGAAGCCCACACCUCACACUAAAGGCUACACCACUGUCUUCUCCAACAGUGGACCCACGGGCAACAAUGUAGGUCCACAGCCGUCUCCCACAACUGCAGAGACACGCACAUCUAGCCCACCAGCCAAACCAUCCUCUCCCCCAGCAUCCAAUACGCCUGUCACCUCCCCACCCACCACCCCAAGUCCCAGAGCAGAGUCGGGACGGAAGACGAGCCUCGCUGACGUGGAGGCCCUAGUGCCUACUCAUGAUGAACAGGGAAAAGCAAUACCUGAAUGGAAGAGGCAGGUGAUGGUGCGGAAGCUUCAGGUCAAGAUCCAAGAGGAGGACGAGCACAAGCGCAAGGCAGAAGAGGAGACAGCACGCCUGGCCUCGAUGCCAGCCUGGAGGCGAGACAUGAUGAAGAAGAAAAUGGACGAAGAGAAGGAACAAAAAAGAAAAGUAGAGGAGAAGGCCAAACAGGCCAAGGCGAUGGAGGAGAAGACGGAGCAGGAGCGGCUGCGGACCCUCGGCUAUGACGACACCAAGCUGGCCCCCUGGCAGCGGCAGAUUAUCUUAAAGAAAGGGGAUACAGCCAAACAGUGAACUGGGUCAUCGCCCCCUCCUCUGCCCUGCAGCACCUCCCCACCCUCACACGCUCACCCCAAGGCCUUCACUGAAUGCCUCCCCUUCUCUAGGCCUCCCCCCUGCACCCUGUACUGGACAGACAACCUCCAGACACACAGGAGCCGUGUUGUGAGUGCUGCUGUCCACGGGGGCUCCGAGGCUCAGCUCUGAUGAAACAUAGCAGCGUACCCCUCCACCUCCCACUGAAUGUCACCUAAACACAAACUCUCGGCUGUGAUUCUCCUGCCUCAAGUAAUCAUUAACUGUAGUAUCUUUCCAUUGGAUUAUUUUCUGCAAAUCAAUAGAAGCUAUUUUACAUACAGUAGGAGAUUUAAGAGGCGUGUGAUAGAUUGAAAAGGUCAUUUUGCCAUGAGGGGAAAAGCCUGUUAUUGCAUUAAUAUUUUCCCUCUAUUAGCCCCACUCACUGUUAAGUAAAGCUUGGACAGGCACUGUAGCUUCAUAACAGAAUGGAUGGAUAUCCUCAGCAAAGGCUUAUAUCACCUCAGAGCAGCUAAUGCAUUAUGUAUGUAGACAGCAUCACAUCUGUAUCACGUUAUACACUUAGUCAUUAGAUAUAUUUUUUUUUAUCAAACUCGUAGAAGCUUUUUCUAAUCGGCUUCUUUUACUGCCACAGUCGUAAUCCUAACACAGCUCCAACUAGUCAGUUUCUUUAGAACAGCUUCUCUGUGGAUUUGGAAUAUUGAUAAACGGUAUAUCCUAUUUUAAAUAAUGAAAGAAGAAGAGAUUAUGUAGCUGUGAAAAUCAAAUUUUAUUAAUUCUCACUCAGAAAAAAAAGCUGGAAUUUUUCGAUUAAAUUGUUCUAUAUGUGACCUAAAUGUUAAGCUAUUGUGAUCAUGAAUGUGAAAUGUUGUGUGCAUGUGUUGCUGAAUGUGUAUCGAGCAUGUUGUGAUGUUUUAUUAGGCUCAUUGGACCCCAGGGCCCUGGAUUUUCAACAAAGACACACAUCAAUGUGUGAAUACAAUCCUGCUGGUUUCUAUUGGAAUAUGGUCUUUUCUAAAUAAAUUUAAAAAAAAACGUAUACAUGCAUAAGUGACAAGACAGCAGACGUCUCUCUGCAAAACCUGAAUAUUGCAAAAGCAGAGAAAGGGCAUCAGUUUGUCCUGUGUGCUGUUCUGCCCUUUGUCCCACUAACCUGGAAGAUGAAACUUUGAUGAGCAGAUCCGCUUACGCAGCGCUCUCUGUCUGCCAGAAACAGCAGCAACACCAGAAUGGAACUUGUCCUUAUAGCCUGUCAGUUUCAUGUCAGUGUGUAAGUAAUAAUCCACCACCACUGGUGCGAAGAGUCCAGUUUCAAUACUCAACACGACAAAUUAGGUCAAACAUCUGAUCAUAAAUAUAGUAAUCGAAGAUCAUACAAACUCAACGCCAAGUUGAUUGUCCUACAUCUUAUUUCCAUGGUCUGUUCAGUUCCAGGUGUUUGAGGACAACAGGAUUAACAGGAUUCUAACAUUUAUGGACAUUGGUGCAACAUUGUAUGAAAAUUUGGAAAAUCUGAGAUGAAUAUUUGUGACAGAGCUGAAGAUUUGAAACGUUAGCAAAGCAUUACGCUGUGUACUGACAUUUAAAGUAAACUCACGACCACGAGUCCGUCUUUCUGAAUACGACACAUUGAUAUUCCCACAUGAUGGAAAUUAUUCUCUAUGUUUACAAAUGUAGGUUAUGGAACAUAUAUAUGCCUGAUCCUAGUUAGGGAAUCAUUUGGAAAUAUUCAAAUUCACUUUCAUCGGAUGCCAUAUAUGAUGUUAAAAAUGAAAAUGAUGUGAAUGUCAUCGCCAUUUUAUUAUAUACAUAUAUAUAUAUAUAUAUAUAUAAAAUCUCUGUAUAUAGUGACCCUCUCAGAACUUUGUCAUUUCGUUGUUUCCAUCAUAUUACAUGUGUCAGCCUUGCUUGAAUAGGAUGUUGGCUAAUUCAUGUGUAAUUAUAUUUUCAGACCAUUAAAAAUGAAGAAAAUAAAUCUGUAA